AUGGGUUCCAGGUUUGACAAAGCAAUUGACAUGGACCCUAAUGAGCUGACAGAACAUGCUAAAGAGGUUUUGGAGACAAGAAGUGAAGAGUCAAGGUUGUGCCAUGUAACAGCAGCUGGUGGGAGAGAGUUUGAAGUCAGGGAUGGCCAUGUCAAGUUCCCUGUCACACUCCAGACUAUGACAUGUGGGUGUGGGAAAUGGCAGGGAUUAGGGAUACCAUGCAGGUAUGGUCUUAGGGUCAUCUACAGCCAGAGACUACAGCCAACAGAUUUUGUGUCACCAUACUACAAGGGGGCUGCAUAUAAGAUGACUUAUGGAGACCAUAUCCACCCUAUGGCUGAUUCUACUCAUUGGCCUGCAUUUGAUGUACCUGAAAUUUGA